UUUAAAAAAAAAACCUUCUAAGUUUCUUUUUCCGGCUGCCAAUUUACAGGCAAGGUGGGUGUCGUGUUAUAACCGCAUGGUUUUUAUUAAAAUAAUUGGUGGAAAUAACACAUUGAAAGUGUAAACUGUAAAACACCGCUGUUUAAGAUGCGUUCCGUCACAUUAAAGGAUGUUGAACAAGACAAGGUCGUCAAGACUGUUGCUGCUCAUUUGAAAAAGAUUGGCAAGGUCAAGGUGCCAGAACACAUGGACCUAGUAAAGACUGGCCGUUUCAAGGAACUGGCUCCAUAUGACCCUGAUUGGUUCUAUGUACGCUGCGCCGCUGUCCUCCGUCACAUCUACAUUCGCUCACCAGUUGGUGUCAAGACAGUCACUAAAAUAUUUGGUGGCCGUAAGCGCAAUGGUGUCACACCCUCACAUUUCUGCAGGUCAUCAGGUAGCAUUGCCCGUAAAGCACUUCAGGCGCUUGAAGCAUUGAAGCUGGUAGAGAAAAUCCCCGACGGUGGACGCAUGCUCACUGUACAAGGCAGACGUGACCUCGACAGAAUCGCCGCGCAAGUCCGCCAAAAGGCGAAACUGGCUGCCAAGCAAAGUGUUAUUGUUCUUUUUAUUCGAAUUUCAGUCGAAGUUGUGAAUUGGAUUUGCAGUGAUGACAAAAUGAAAGCGAUAUUAGGAUUUAAAAUUAGUAUUAUUGCAGCAGUGAGUUUAAUAUCGUGCGUAUACAGUGAUCAACGGUAUGGUUCGCCGGGAGGUACACUUUACGUGGCAGAUGUAGAUCAUUCCCAAAAAAUAACUGUAAUAAAUAGAUACACUGAUGAAAAAGAUGUAUCUUUGGGAAGAACAAAACGCGAUGCCACGAUACCGCCUCCACCGCUGGAGAAAACUGUCGACCGAAGUAUUAGUACAUGGACUACCCACCUGAAUGACAGCCAUCAGCAAUUAAUGGUCCAUUGGGUCGGCGAAGGUUCAAACGUAAUUAUUUGCCUGGCGAGAGACUCCAACACGAGAAGCAAAGGGACCAUCUCCUCAUCAGCCCUUUACAUCUCCUAUGAUUAUGGAAAGAAUUUCACAAACAAGACUGAGAACUUUCGAUUAGGCGAUGAUGCUAACAGUGGAUAUGCUCAGUUAGACAAGUUCUUCAAUCACCCCAAAUAUCCUGAGUUUUGCGUGUUUGUGGACUCGACGAACAAGAAGCUGUAUUACACGCAAGACAAUGGGUUGACCAUACACCGAUCGGACUUGAGCUUCCAUCCUAGCGAGCUCGCCUUUGACGAAGAAGUACCUAACAGAUACGUUAUAUUGGACAAAGUGGAUUCCACGAGGAAUCUUUACAUGACCUUGGACGGCGGGAAGACCUUCAAGCUGAUACAAAGCUACGUAAAAACUUUCCUAUGGUCUUCUGCUCCGGGCUACCCCAAGAUGUUCUACGUGGAGAGAUGGAAACCUGGCGGGAACAGUACUGUGCUCAGUGUUAACGACCCGGCCAAUAUCAUGGUGAAUGCCAACGAACUGUUUGCGGACGCUAAGGAUUUCCAGAUCAAAGGAGAUUUUAUGUUUGCCACCAAGCAGUCGAAAGAGAAAAACUCUCUGGACCUCUACAUAUCGCACCAACGCGGCCCGUUCUUCAAAGCCGAAUUCCAGACAGAAUUGGACCUGAACAAAUUCCACAUCGCAGACGUUACUGAUAAACGUAUAUUCGUCUCUGUCAUGCACACGGAAAAUUUGGCCAACUUGUAUGUGUCGGAAAUAAGCAGAAACUUCACGCAGUACAACUUUGUCUUGAGUUUGGAACAGGUGCUGUGUUAUUUCCCUGAAGGGAACUGGAAGGAUAGUUGGUUGGAAGACGUAACAGAAGACCCAUUCACGGAUCUGUACCGCGUUGAAGGACUAAAAGGAAUCUACAUAGCGUCUAAAGUCAACCACAAGUCACAAGUCUCUAAUAUCGAGCCGGAACAUUUGGUAUCGGUCAUUACUUUUGACCACGGCGUCACUUGGUCUCCGAUCAACCCUCCAGCAGAGGAUGAAAAUGGAAGACCGCUUAACUGCCACAUAGAUAAUUCUUGUAGUCUGCACUUGUGCCAGAAAUUCAGUCAGCUGUAUCCAGCUACAAGUCAACCUGGGAAUGUCACAGACAGUGUGUCGAGAUCAGCUAGUAUAAUGAGCUCUAAGUCAGCUCCAGGCAUUAUAAUGGCAACUGGAGUGUUGGGUAAAUCACUGAAGGGGAUCCCUGGGGUUUAUAUAAGUAGAGACGCUGGUUUAACUUGGAGGAGAAUACUCAAGGAUUACUAUUUCUUUAACUACGGCGACCACGGCGGUGUUUUAGUGGCUGUAAAAUAUUUCAAAUCUAGGGGAGAAACAAGAAGGAUUUUGUAUUCUACAAACGAAGGCAUCGAAUGGAACUCUUAUCAGUUCAACGCGGAUGACCUACGCAUAUAUGGACUCAUGACUGAGCCUGGGGAAAACACAACGACGUUCACUAUGUUUGGUUCCGCUAAUGAGCAACAUCAGUGGAUAAUUAUUACAAUCGAUUUGUUAAACACUUUCCCCCGCAAUUGUACGGCGGACGAUUACAAGUUUUGGUCUCCUACGCCGCCCAAUUCGCCAGUAUCCUGUGUCCUCGGUACUCGUGACACGUUCCAAAGGCGACUGGCUCAUACGAACUGUUACAAUGGCAUUGCCUACGAAAGACCGGUCAAAAAAGAGUUAUGUGAAUGCAGCAGGCGCGAUUACGAAUGCGACUUUGGCUUUGUACUGUCCCAUAAAGUUUGUAUUCGCAAUCAAAGCUUGAGUUACGACCCUUACGCUACACCCUCGGAUUGUCGUCCUGGACAUUUCUACCAAAGAACUAAAGGGUACCGAAAGAUUGACGGAGAUGUUUGCACCACUUCAUACUACAUGCCUUACGAACCAGAUUUUGUACCGUGUCCUUUAGAAGAACCGACCGAAUUUAUUUUGGUCGCUUUGAGAGACAGAAUAGCACGGAUCGAUUUAUCGGAUAACUCGACCUUGAUACCAGUUAGGGGCCAACAAAAUAUAGUAGCAAUAGAAUUCGAUAUGAAGAAUAAUUGCAUUUACUGGGCUGACAUCGAAGUCGAUAAGAUUAUUCGUCAGUGUUUCGACAACGGGGAUGCCCAAGAGACUGUUGUCGAUACAGAGUUAGCUAGUAUAGAAGGUAUGGCCCUGGAUUGGAUUUCGAAUGUGCUGUUCUUUGUUGACGGUCUUAGAAAGAAAAUAGAAGCCGUAAGGACGGAUCUCUCUUCUCAGGGCAGAAUGAGAGCUACGAUUUUGGACUCCAAAGUUCUCUCGAAGCCACGAGGUAUCGCGGUACACCCUAGAGCAGGAUACUUAUUUUGGACGGACUGGGAUCGAAACCAUCCAUCAGUUUCGAGAUCUAACCUAGAUGGAAAAGAAGUCAAAAAGCUAUUCACCAAUCCAAUCGUCAAAUGGCCUAACGGUAUAACUAUUGAUCAAAUGGCAGAUAGGAUAUACUGGGUAGAUGCAAUGGAAGACUACAUAGCUAGCGCGGAUUUGAACGGUCAAUACUUCCGAAGGAUUCUGUGGAACGACGACAAAGUGACUCAUCCGUUUGCCGUGGCGGUUUUAAAGAAUAAAAUGUACUGGGACGAUUGGAAGGCGAAGUCCAUAUUUACGGCCGAUAAGGACACCGGGGCUAAUAUCGUUACGAUCAACGACUCCCUGUCUGGUUUGAUGGACUUGAAAGUGUUCGCUUAUUUCAUGCAACACGGAAGCAACGCUUGUUCGUAUAAGAACACAAGCUGUGAUACUCUGUGUCUCGGCGGUCCGGGUAACACGUUCAGCUGCCUGUGCCCGGAUGGGUUUAAGAGCGUUAAUGGCAAGUGCAUGUGCCCGAGUGGUUUAGAGCCCGCCCCGAACAUGACGUGUUCUAAGCAAGAUGGAUCCUGCAGUGCGCACGAGUUCACAUGUAAGAAUGGAGUGUGUAUAACGAAUACUUGGCGUUGCGACGGCAACGACGACUGUGGAGAUAACUCGGACGAAGCGAGUUGCACGUGCGAGCCGUACAUGAUAGCGUGCGACGACUCGCGCUGCUACCUGCCGCAUUGGCGAUGCGACGGCGAUAUGGACUGUUUGGACAUGAGCGACGAGAAAGAUUGUGCUAAACAAAAUUGUACGGAAAAUCAAUUUACUUGUGCCAACGGGAAUUGCAUAGAAAAGAGAUGGGUGUGCGACGGAGAUAACGAUUGUAAGGAUGGAUCGGACGAACGUAAUUGCACGCAAUCUCUACCAAAGCGACCGGACACACUAAGCUGCGUAGCAGACCAUGCAUUCCUUUGCGGCAACGAUAGCAAUACCCUCUGUAUACCCAAUUCAUGGGUGUGUGACGGAGAGAGAGACUGUCCCGGCGGUGAGGACGAGAGAGAGGACAGAUGUAAGAAUUCCACGUGCGCACCUUAUAUGUACCGAUGCCCGAGCGGAAAAUGCAUUUACAUGUCCUGGGUGUGUGACGGUGAAAACGACUGCGGUGACGCAGAGGGAUCCGACGAAAAGAAUUGCGCGCCCAGAACUCACACUAAACUUCUUCCGCGUCCUGAAAAACCAGACUUUCCUAACAACGGCACAUGCGCCGAUUGGAUGUUCAAAUGUGACAAUGGCAACUGCCUGCCUUACUGGUGGCGUUGCGAUGGCAUAGACGACUGUGGGGACAACUCGGACGAACUUGCGUGCGGCUUGGUUGUUCCAGACAAGACCGCUGUCAGCCCUGAGCACGAUGCAACUAGACAGAAGUGCAGCAAAAACCAGUUUACAUGCUCCCCUGGCGUAUGCAUCCCCCUAUCCUGGGUGUGCGACUCGACCAAUGAUUGCGCGGAUGGCGCAGACGAGCGCGGCUGUGCGCGCAGCCCCGCCGGCGUGCCGCGCUGUGACCCUGACAGCACGCCGUGCGCGGACGGGCUCGCGUGCAUCCGCGACAACCAGCUGUGCGACGGCGUGCUGGACUGCGCCGACCACAGCGACGAGCAGCAUUGCGCUAACAAACACAAAACGGCUGUGGAAUGUCCGUCGCGCUACUUCCAAUGCGACGACGGGACGCGUUGCCUGUGGCAGGUGAUGGUGUGUAACGGACACCAGGAUUGCUACGAUGGAACGGAUGAGGCUAACUGUUCCUCCGAUGCGAGCGAAAAUCACCUUUAUCAGUUCCUAAGCAUCGGCGUGGACCAAUCAUCCAUCAACUCGACAAGCUUCCUUAUAUCAUGUUGGAUGGCGCAGCAGAAGAUGGUCUUAUACACCUUCCUGUUCUCAAUAGCUAAGGUCAGCGACGGGGUGUGGCAGAAUAAGACUUGGACCACUGACAGCGUGUAUAGAUUCACGGAUUUGGAGCCAUUCACCAAUUACAACGUUACUGUUUACAUUCAAGACAGCAAAUCCAAUAAGACUUAUGCAUCGAUGAAAUACGUUAAUACUACUACUGGCGAAGGAGUACCUUCACCACCGCGGCGUCUGACCGUCCGCCAAAUGGUCGGUAGUCGAGUGAACCUAGUGUGGGACCCGCCGAGCGAGCCGCGGGGCAUCAUACAGCAUUACACCGUACAUUACGUGCCUCCACUACCGCCUAUGGAGAAGAUUGUACCGGCCGCGACCAACAACGCCUCUGUGUCCUUCAUCAUCUUUGGCUACUUCAAGCCUAACAAGAAUUAUUCCUUCUGGGUAACGGCCACCAACAACGCGUUCACGUCAGACUCGUCAACCGUAAUGAACUUGACGUUCGACGAAGGCGGCGAUAUUGACGACAUUGUCAAUGCGAGCAUGUCCCGUCUCUCUCCUACCUCGGUGUCACUCAAAUGGAACAAGCUGAGAGGGGUAGAGGGUUACCUGGUGGAGACGAGGCUGCCGCGCCAGUACCCGCAGCCGCCCGUCAUCGACACUAAGGACAACAUGGCUGUCGUGCAAAACCUGCCCAAAAAUGUGCAACUAUACAUUGAUAUCAAGGCCUACAAGAACGGGAUAGUCGGACAACCAUUCACGAUACCCGUCGUAACCGAAGGCCAGCCAGACGAACCACUUAACUUAAACGCCGAACCCGUAAAGGACAGCCGAUCUUCGGUGAAGCUGUCCUGGACCGCGCCCGCUGUCGACCAGAACAAGGACAAAGAUCUGGAAUACCAAGUGCAUUAUUUACUGUUGAAGGAUUUGAGACUGAACUCCGGACAUUUGAGUAACGACACGACAGUAGUGACGAAGGACACCAGCAUAGUGAUCGAGAAUCUACAACUGUGUGAGACCUACGUGUUCUCCGUGGGCGUGGAAGGAGGACCGCUGUCCGUUUUGAAGGAGUUCAUCACUAAGGAGGAUCCCAAGGCUCCUGUUAGGAACUUGCAUUUCGUUUUCGACCAAAAGAAGUCCGAACUUCAGAUCUUGUGGAAGGCCAACUGUGACGUCAUUACUGAACCAAUUGCAUACAGAUUGGAUAUAACGGAGUUGACGCACAACAAAAUCAGCCGUUACCAGCUGAACGCGACGGACAAGGUGUCGCUUUCCCACGUCAUCGAGAAUGUGCCUCUGGGCGGCCGGUACAACGUCUGCAUGCACACAUCAGAGACAGGUUCGACAGAAAAGUGUGCCUUCGUCCGCAGCGGAGAGAUCGAGUCGCCACACGCGGUAGUUGCGUGGUUAGCUCCCAACGGACAUCUGAUGGUUAGCUGGCAGCAUCCCGAAGACAAUCACACUGAGCCCAAACACAAAUACCAAAUAAUAGUAUCAGACAAGGAGAUACCCGACGACCUCCUCCACCCGACGGAGGACAUGAAGACGGCAGAGGCGGAGUUCUCGCCGCUCCUGAUGACCGCUAACAGUGUCCCGAACGGACAGUUGUUCGUGAGCGUUCGGGCGAUUUCCAAGGACGGGUACUACAGCGAUUUGAGUGAAGUUCGCACUUUGACUAUGGAAGGUGCGGAAGCAUUCGAGUCUGACAACACAGCUUCCGCGAUGGGCGCAGUGUGGUGGGGCGCCGGAGCCGCGUGUGUGGUGGCCAUCGCGCUGGGAGCCGCUCUGCUGCACAUGGCGCUGCGGCACCGCCGCCUCGCGCGCUCGCUGCUGCGCCUCGCCGCCACGCCGCGCUACGACAGCCGGCGCGGGCAGGCCACCAUCGACCACGAUGACGACGACGUGCCUCCGAUCACAGGAUUUUCCGAUGACGAGCCUCUGGUGAUAGCGUGAGCCGCGGUGUGAUACCGCGCUCUUGCCGCCAUCUGACUCCGUAGCUGGGAUGUUCGACAAUAACAUUUUAUACAGUGUGCCAGGUCCCCAGGCACAUCGCCAAUCGAACUAGCGAUAAUUUAGUGGCGGCUUCUAUAACUACCCUUCUGAACUACUCCCUAAAAGACCUCACACAUAAAUUAUUAUCGAAAAGGCUUUGGAAUAAAAAAAAAAUGGGAAAAAAGAAUUUUUUUAGAGUGGUGAUGAGUUGUAGGAGACUUCCCUGAAUUAUCGCUAGUUUGAUUCUGGACAACCUGUAUUAAAAAAAAAAGAUUGGGCCGCUUAAUUGAUGGGGGUUUAUUUUAAUUUAUUAUAUUUAUGUCAUUUCUGUUUUUCACUAAAUUUCAACGGAAGGACUAUAGUUUGGUUUUUAGUUUUAUUACAACAUUGAUAACUGUUAAUACUUAUGUUAGCUAAUUGCUGAACUUUGUCUUGCCAGUAUACAUCCAGUAUUUUCUUUUGUUUAAUUUUAUUUUCUUUUGUUAUUUAUAUUGAGCAAAUUAACGGCCGAAAUGUAUCUGUAACCUGGCUAUAAGUUACUUACCAAUGUUGUUAUUCGUCAAAAAGAUACCAAGAUACCAGAUAGAAGAUUGUAAUUUAUCGAGAUAUCACACAUAGGAUUGCAUAUGUGAUUCCAUGAUUAUUAUUAAUUUUGGACGUAAGAUUUUUUUUUUGUUUCGUUCGGUAUGUUAUCGAUACAGGCGAAAGUAUUUCAUUAAAAUUAAAUAAUUGUAGGUAUCCAUUUGGAAUGUCUUAGCUACGGCAUUGGUCUCAUAGUAUUUCAUAUUUAUUAUCUGUAUUAUGUGUUAUGUACAAGAUAAUUUAUCAUGCAUUUGCCAGUUAACGUUUAAUAAAAUUAUAGUGAUUGUCUAUGUCUUUAGUCGUAAACUAAAAUAAUAUUUAUCUAUGGCGGCAGUGAAAAAAAAUUGUUGUGUUAGUUUGUAUUGUAAAUUCAUUCAAAGAACUGUUGCUCUUGUAUAAAUUAGAUAAAUUAAUAUUCAUCUUAAUUAUAAAGUUUGAUACUAUGAUUAUAUAUCGUAAAUAACAUGAUUCAGUCAUUUUUAAUGCUCAGAGUAUUAUUUUAUUACUUUUUUUUUUACUUUAGCUUUAAAAAAAUUUCAUUAAUUAAAUAUAAUUUCCGUCGUUUAAUUCGUUUUAGGACCAAUUUUUAAGCCAUAUAAUUUUUAAUUGAGAAAUUAUUUUGACAGUUCUUGCACUUUGAAGCGGCCAAAUGUCAAAUUUAUUUAUCAGUUAAUAUUUUAUUUGGCGAUAUUAAAAAUUAACUCUAAAGUUUAUUAAAGUAAUCAAUAUGUAAACAAGUAAAUUUGUAAUUUGAAAAAUACUAUUUUAUACGUGGUUAUAAUGUAACUUUUAAACUUUCUAUAAAAUAAAAAGACAUGGCUGUUAAAUAAGACUUGUGGGAAAUGUUAAGGAUUUUAUUUUUAUAGCCGUUAAUUUAGUAGAAAUGGUCAACGCGUUUGCCUCAAUACAAGUUCGACACCAAAGAUCAAUAUAAAUCUAAGAUGUACAAGUUGUAAAUAACGCCGCGGUUAGACAGACCGACUCGACUUAAUAUUAUUAUAAAAAAAUACCGUGAAAAUAUUUUUAGUACAUAAUAUUAAGUCGGCGCAUAAGUUCUUUCGCUUAUUGGUACUUUUUUAUCAUCUCAUUAGCUUACUGUAAGAACUCAUUAAUUCGAAAAAAAUCAUCUAGUACCUUUUUUCAACACUGAACUAUUUUCAUAUAGUAUUCUCGUUAAUAACUCGUUUCUUUCUAGUAUUUCUAUUUAUUAUCGUCAAGACGACUUUUUAUGCUAACUAACAAACUCUCAUACAAACAUUUAGAGAGUUAUUUAUUAUAAUAUCACAGCACGGAAUAGAUAGGACUCAGUUCAUACUUUGUUGAUUUUAUUGCAAUUUAUAUGAGUUGUUGCAAUAAGCCGACUGUUUAUAAUAUAGUUAUUACUACAUAUUUUAAAGAGUUUAACCCUCUUGAAAAGCGAUCAGAUCACCCAAUAAAUAUCAUGAUCUUCUUUCAUUUAAAACGUUAGAACUAAAGCAAUGACUGACUUGUUUCGGUCUAUCUAAACUCGGCAGGCGAUUGUUGUAAUUGCACUGUGUUGAACAUUACAGAGUUGGUGGAUCUCGACAUUCCCAUUAUUUCGUGAGGAGUUUUCUUUUAGUUCCUAUAGUUUUGUUAUAUCGCGUCAUCUUAUGUUCUAGCGCAUUCUAUGAAAAUUAAUAUUGUCAUGAAACAAUAAUUUAUAGUAAAUUAGCAUUAGUGAUAAUAAUAUAUUCAUGAAUAUUAAAUUUCUGUAGAGUGCUGGUCACAUAUAAAUAUGUUUUCAAACAAUGAUAUUAUAUUGAAUAAAUUAUAUAGGAAAAUAA